GACAGAGCGGGCGGGCAGCUGGUGGUGGUGGCACAGACAUGGCUGCGCUGGUGGAACCUCUGGGGUUGGAGCGGGACGUGUCCCGGGCUGUGGAGCUCCUCGAGCGGCUCCAGCGCAGCGGGGAGCUGCCCCCGCAAAAGCUGCAGGCCCUCCAGCGAGUCCUGCAGAGCCGCUUUUGCUCCGCCAUCCGAGAGGUGUAUGAGCAGUUGUAUGACACGCUGGACAUCACUGGCAGCGCUGAGAUUCGGGCCCACGCCACAGCCAAGGCCACAGUAGCUGCCUUCACGGCCAGUGAGGGCCAUGCACAUCCCAGGGUAGUGGAGCUGCCCAAGACAGAUGAGGGCCUAGGCUUCAACAUCAUGGGUGGCAAGGAGCAGAACUCACCCAUUUAUAUAUCCCGAGUCAUCCCAGGAGGUGUGGCUGACCGCCAUGGAGGCCUCAAGCGUGGGGACCAACUGCUGUCGGUGAAUGGUGUGAGCGUUGAGGGUGAGCAGCAUGAGAAGGCAGUGGAGCUGCUGAAGGCAGCCCAGGGCUCAGUGAAACUAGUGGUGCGUUACACACCUCGAGUGCUGGAGGAGAUGGAGGCCCGAUUUGAGAAGAUGCGCUCUGCCCGCCGGCGCCAGCAGCACCAGAGCUACUCGUCCUUGGAGUCUCGAGGCUGAAACCACAGAUCUGGACCCUCACCUUCAUCUUCUUCCCUGUACAGUAUUUAUUGUCAAUGGCUCCUUAUUUAAAGAUCUUUGACCCUCA